AUGGAACGUGAUCUACAAAGGCAACUCGAUAACAGGUCAUGGCUCAGAAGAGAUGCAGAAUCUAUCGAAAACCAGUGGCGCUCUCAAGUACUUCCCCAUUUUGAGCGAACCGUGAAGUUCGGCUUCGACAUUACCGAGGGUUUAGAGGGCUCGGAACACUUUGCUUUGUAUGGCCUCAAGGCAGACGCUGGCAAGAAAUUUCCGAAGGACAAAAUCGAGGUUUCAAGGCAUCCAAUUGCAUUUGAGACUCUUGUGGCGCGGGGAGCUGUGUACCGGUCGAUAAACAAAAGUCAAGGCCCAUCGCGGCGAACGGCUGCAAACAUCGGCAUAUUACAGACCGAAGUUUACAAUCCAGUUGACUUCCAGGGCCACCGGGAUGCUGAACCUAGCCGACCCUCUGUAGACGGGCAGGAAUAUGUCGAAGAUACUGCACAAUGGAUCAUCAAGAAAGGUGUAAUCAUGCACUGGAACCAGUCCCAUAAAGAGGCCAAUUAUCGAAAUUUCUCUAUACAUGACCGUUGGGUGAUCAAGCAAGAUGUCUAUUACAAUCAAAUACUUGAUAAAGCCAAGGAUCAUUUCCCUGUUGAGCAUCCCCAAAACCAAGGUUAG